AAAGGCCGCUACAAUAAUUUUCUGUUCCGCUAUUCCGCUAGAAUAUUUUCGUUGAGGUUUACCGAAUAAAAAAAUAAUUAUUAUUGUAUCUGUCAUCACACUUAUGCGUUGAAGAGUGUUCAGUGAUUUAUAAUUCAUUCAUUACGAUGCGCUACUAUAACGAGAAAUGGUUUUUCUAUUUGCUAUAAUGUCGCAAUUUGAAGCAAUCUCUUAUCUCGAUGACAUACCACUUCUGGUUCUGAGAAAAGAAGAAAAUCAUUAUAUUUGAAAAUUGCCGUAGUUUGUGUUGCUGUCAGGUAUUAGUUCGUGUGAGUGCAGUGUGCUGAUAUCUUCGCAAACACCAUGGACUUGACUGAAUUUUGUGGUUCUACAUUUUGGGAUAGCAAUAUUACUUGGGACACAGAGUAUCCUGAUUUAACGUUAUGUUUCGAAAAAACCGUCCUUGUCUGGGUUCCUUGCGCAUUUCUCUGGUUACUUUUACCUCUGGAAUGGUAUUACCUUCGCCAUUCGAAAACAUCCGAUAUACCCUUGAACAUCUACAAUGUCGCCAAAUUGAUAGCAAUAGCCAUUUUGGCAACCCUUGCCCUUACGGAUAUCGUACAUCAUGUAUUCCUCGAUUAUUCCUACGAUCCGCCUUCUCCGGUUAAUUUUUGGACGCCGUCUCUUAAAUUCGUUACAUUUGUUUUAUUUUUUGCAUUAACAUAUGCGAAUAUAAGACGUGGUAUCCGAUCUUCGGCAGUAUUAUUCGUAUUCUCAUUUCUUCUGGUGGCAUUCGGAGCACCACAAUAUCGUACUGAAUUUCGAUUAAGAUGGUCAGCGGAAAAAAGACACGAAACAAUGGAAUUCGUUUCCUACGUAAUUUACUAUCCUGUCGCAAUCAUGGUGCUUAUAAUGAAUUGCUUCGCUGAUUCACGUCCUCGAAUCGUCACAUAUCCCAUCGAUAAAGAUGUAUGCCCGGAAAACCAGUGUUCAUUUUUAUCACGAUUGCUCUUCGCAUGGUUCGACGCUUUCGCUUGGAAGGGUUACAAGAAACCGUUGGAAGACUCAGAUUGUUGGAGUUUGGAUUAUUCCAACUCAUCGGCCAGUAUUGUACCUAAAUUCGAGAAACAUUGGAACAAAGCGUUGGAAAAAGUGAAAAAGAGUCCUGAUGUAGAAAUCCGAGUCAGACGUGAAAACGGUGAAUUACUAAGAAACGGAGGAGAAGAUGUUGGCGGCAUCUCGUAUAAAGUCAAUAAAAGCACUAAAUACGCUUCCAUUGUACCGGCUCUUUGUCGAACUUUUGGUGGCACUUUUGCAUUGGGAACGAUCCUUAAAGUAUUUCAAGAUGUACUAACCUUCGUUAGUCCGCAAAUUUUAAGUUUAUUAAUUGACUUCACCGGUGGAAAAGAAUACAUGUGGAGAGGAUAUAUGUACGCCAUAGCUUUGUUCCUCGUUGCCUUUGUUCAAACGUUAUUGCUGUCGCAAUAUUUCCACAGAAUGUAUAUCGUCGGUCUCAGAGUUCGAACUUGCCUGGUUUCGAUUAUUUACAAAAAAGCUCUUACCAUAUCGAAUGGAGCUCGAAGAGAUUUUACAAUGGGUGAAAUCGUUAACUUGAUGUCGGUAGAUGCUCAACGAUUCGUCGAUCUAAUGGCAUACUUGAAUAUGUUAUGGUCUGCGCCGCUACAGAUCGUAUUGGCUUUGUUUUUCCUAUGGCAAAUUCUUGGUCCCAGCGUGCUAGCCGGUCUCGCCGUCAUGAUUAUCUUGAUCCCUGUCAAUGGAUGGGUCGCCUCUAAAAUAAAAUCUUUACAAUUUAAGCAAAUGAAAAACAAAGACAGUCGAGUUAAAUUAAUGAACGAAAUAUUAUCCGGAAUUAAAGUAUUGAAAUUGUACGCUUGGGAACCCAGUUUCGAAAAACAAGUUUUGUUUAUUCGUAACAAGGAAAUCAAAGUGUUGAAAGAACAAGCAUACUUGAAUGCCGGAACCUCUUUCAUUUGGGCUUGUGCACCUUUCUUGGUAUCACUCGUUACUUUCGCUGUAUACGUGUUGUCCAGUGAAAAAAAUGUAUUGGACGCAAAAACUGCCUUCGUAUCUUUAUCGUUAUUCAAUAUUCUCAGAUUCCCCUUGUCAAUGUUACCAAUGAUGAUAUCUAAUUUAGUCCAGACAAGUGUUUCGGUAAAAAGAAUAAACAAAUUUUUGAAUUCCGAAGAUUUGAAUUCUGGCGAUGUCACUCACGAGAACAGACCCGAAGCUUUGGUUAUCGAAAACGGAACAUUUUCGUGGGAAGGAACUAAAGGAUCGCCUACUCUACAUAAUAUAUCGUUGAAAGUCAACCCAGGAGCUUUAGUAGCUGUCGUUGGACCUGUUGGUUCUGGUAAAAGUUCGCUGAUUUCCGCAUUUCUUGGUGAAAUGUAUAAAUUAUCCGGUGUUGUGAAUACGAGAGGAAAUAUCGCGUAUGUUCCGCAACAAGCUUGGAUUCAAAAUGCCACUCUUAGAGAUAAUAUUACUUUCGGCGAAGGUGUUAAUAACCUAUAUUACGAUCAAGUUUUGGAAGCAUGUGCUUUAAAACCAGAUUUGGAAAUAUUACCCGCUGGUGAUUUGACAGAAAUCGGAGAAAAGGGCAUCAAUCUAAGUGGAGGUCAAAAACAAAGAAUCAGUUUAGCUCGAGCUGUUUACUACGGAGCCGAUGUUUAUUUUCUAGACGAUCCCUUAAGUGCGGUUGAUUCGCACGUAGGUAAACAUAUAUUCGAACAUGUCAUCGGUCCUAACGGAUUACUCAAAAAAAAGACUCGUGUAUUGGUCACUCACAGCGUCACGUAUUUAUCUCAAGUUGAUUUCAUCGUUGUUGUAAAAGAUGGAUCGAUAUCCGAAUCUGGCUCGUUCCAGCAACUUUUAGACAAAAAAGGAGAUUUCUCUGAAUUUUUGGUUACGUAUUUGAAAGAAAGUUCCGAAACUGAUGAAGAAGACUUAGAUAAACUAAAAGAGAUUCUUGGAGAGAAAAAAGUAACUGGAGAACAACUGGUUAGACAGAAGUCCAGAUCCAGCGAGAGUGAUUCAGUUUCGUCAUUUAGCAGACAAAGAUCAGCCACAAGUGACGAAGGAUCGCUUAGAAAACGUACUAGUGCAAAAGAGAAUGCUGUUGGACAGAAAUUAAUCGAAGUCGAACGCGCAGAAACUGGAAACGUCAAAUGGAAAGUGUACGCGUAUUAUUUAGGAUCAGUUGGAGUUUUCCUGACAGUUUCUACUAUAUUCAUGAAUUUCCUAUUCCAAGGAUUUUCAAUAGCUUCGAAUAUGUGGCUGUCGAAAUGGUCUAGUGAUAUGAAUGCUACCACCGCAGAAGGAACUCAAGAUACUGAUAAGAGAAAUAUGUACCUUUCGGUAUACGCUUUGUUGGGAUUAAGUCAAGCGAUAACGACGCUGUUAGGAUCGUUAUUACAAGCACGCGGAAUGAUAGCCGCUUCCAAAUAUCUGCAUUGGCUUAUGUUGGCUCGUAUCUUUAGAGCUCCUCUGAGCUUUUUCGAUACGACGCCCAACGGAAGGAUUGUCAAUCGAUUCGGAAAGGAUAUUGACACCUUAGAUAAUGUUCUACCUCAGAUCAUUCGUUCGUGGCUCAUGUGUUUCUUCGGGGUAAUUUCCACCUUAUUCAUCAUCAGUUACAGUACUCCGAUUUUCGUCACAGUUAUUCUGCCUGUGGGUGCUCUGUAUUAUUUCGUUCAGAGAUUUUACGUUGCUACUUCGAGACAGCUAAAGCGAUUGGAAUCCGUAUCAAGAUCUCCUAUUUAUUCUCAUUUUGGUGAAACUGUCGCUGGUGCUCAAUCUAUUCGUGCGUACGGUCGUCAAGAAAAAUUCAUCAAACAAUCCGAAGAAAAAGUAGACUUCAAUCAGAAAAGUUAUUACCCAAAUAUUGUAUCUAAUAGAUGGCUCUCAGUACGUUUGGAAACCGUGGGAAAUAUCAUUAUAUUUUUUGCCGCCCUGUUUGCUGUGUUAGGAAGAGAUACCCUUAGUCCUGGUCUUGUUGGUUUAUCUGUCAGUUAUGCGUUACAAAUCACUCAAACAUUAAAUUGGUUAGUACGUAUGACAUCGGAAGUAGAAACCAAUAUUGUAGCAGUAGAAAGAAUCAAAGAAUACGGCGAAACUCCUCAAGAAGCUGCUUGGCAAGUACAUAAUGAAUCUGUACCAAACGAUUGGCCUACAAAAGGCGAUAUCGCUUUCCAAGAUUUCAAAGUUAGAUAUCGAGAAGGUCUAGACUUAGUUUUGAAAGGAAUCACAUUCUUCGUAAACGGCGGCGAAAAAGUCGGUAUUGUUGGUAGAACUGGCGCUGGAAAAUCAUCGUUGACUUUGAGCUUAUUCAGAAUAAUCGAAUCUGCCGGCGGUAAAAUCUUGAUCGAUAAUAUCGAUAUUGGUACUUUAGGGUUACAUACAGUUCGGUCGAGGUUAACUAUUAUCCCUCAGGAUCCAGUACUAUUCUCUGGCUCGUUACGAGUGAACUUAGACCCUGUAGGCGCAUAUUCCGAUGAAGCCAUUUGGCGUGCAUUAGAACUAGCCCAUCUAAAAUCGUAUAUUGCCAGUUUGGCGGUUGGACUCCAAUACGAAGUUACCGAAGGAGGUGAAAAUUUCAGCGUCGGUCAAAGACAACUCAUCUGCUUGGCCAGAGCUCUGCUACGUAAAACGAAGGUCCUAAUAUUGGACGAAGCUACAGCUGCUGUCGAUUUAGAAACCGAUGAUCUGAUUCAAACCACUAUUCGUAACGAGUUCAAAGAUUGUACGGUUUUAACCAUUGCCCACAGAUUGAAUACUAUAAUGGAUUACGACAAAAUCAUCGUCCUCGAUAAAGGAUAUAUCGUCGAAUAUGACUCACCUCAGGCUUUAUUGAAAUCGAAGACUUCAGUAUUUUAUGGAAUGGCUGCAGAUGCUGGUUUGCUGUAAAGAUUCCGCAUCUUGUCUGAUUUUAUCUUGCCAAACACGUUUUAUAAUUUUAUACGAUCUUAAGUUUUAAUUAGAAUGGAUUUGUUGAAUGGGGAAAAUCCCUGCGUACAAGCUACAAGGUAAUUUGUACGAAAUUUUGUUUGUUAGAAAGGAAAUUUCUUCUUCUGACGAAGAGGUCAUUUUACGUAGACGUUUUAUUCAUCGAGUGCAUUUUCUACGGCGAUAUGUAUGGGAAUACUAUGUGUCGUACGUUCCCAGUUCACUCAAUUUUUUACGUUGUGAAUGGGAAAAAGCCAUUGCAGCAAUCAAAUUUAUAUUAUUAUUAUUUUUUAUUUAAUUUUUUUCAUUUAAAGUUGAAAAUAUUUACUAAGUACUUAUUUAUUGUUGAUUGAUCGACGUAUAUGUUAAUUACUAGGUAAACAUACGCAUUUAUGCGAUGCAAUACAAUCAAUCAUAAAACAUAACGUUUAUGUACUUAAUUUAAAAUAAUGAAUUGUGAUAGUCAUUGUGAUAUUGUAAUUUAAUGCGAAACGCAUACGUGUGCGCAUUUUUACCAUAUAAACAAAAAAGUGAACCGAAAAAAAUCAACUUUUACUUUUACAUUUUGAAACGAUUCGAAUAAGUUAUCCGCGUAUUAUUCAAUUAUUUCGUUAUAUUCUAAUCGAUGACUAUACAUAAUUUAUCAACCGCUUAAUCGGAGUCGAAUUUUCAUAAUUUUCUUUUCAACUCGAGAAAUGUUUUAAUCGUUUAUUUAUCAGUAAUCUAAGUUUUAGUCAUUUUUAUUCGUAAUAUUGCAUUUUAUUUCAAUGUGUAGUAAAACUUAUCGCGCCCAAGUUGCCUUAUAAUAUAUUUAUUUAUGUAGCAGAAAAACUGUAUGGAAACUUUGUGUACCUUUUGCUUGAGCACUUCAGCAACGAACCCGUUUGGUUAUCUUUAAUGUGUUGUACUUACCUACUUACUAAUGCAUCAUAUUUUUUUCACAUUUCAUCGCUAAGUUCCUCUUUUUUUAUUAUUUUUUUUUCUAAUAGAAAGUGUUGUAUGGGGCAAUACUCUAUGAUUUAGGAUCAUUUUCGUUUAAGAUUAUAUUCUCGCUUUAAAGAAUAAUAUUUUUUCGGACCAAUUGUAUAAAGAUGCCUAUGAAUUAAUAUUGUUUUAUUUCGAUUCGUGUAACUUUCGAGAUGAAAAUCAAGUUUAAUUUUUGUAACAAUUUUGAAAAUUCGCGUUUACCUAUCGUACUUUUUUUAAAAAGAAAUAUUAUGUUGUACUUAUCGAGAAAUUUAUCUACCUAUUUAUGCGAGUUUCACUGUGAAUAGUUUCCUUGAUUUUGUCCUGUUUUUUUCCUUCUUUUUUUGUAUAGUUUUAGUACUUGCAGUGAUUUUAAUAAUAUUUAGAAUUUUAUAUCUCAUUUGUUUUACCAUUUUUUCCCUUCUUUUCUUUGUGAAACAUUUUGUAUCAUUGAAGCGUUGAUGAUUUUUUGUGUUUUUAAUUAAUUUUUGUGAGGAAUUUUAAAUAUACAUUUUCGUUAUGA